AUGAACUGCCCUGCUCCUGUGGAAGUCACAUACAAGAACAUGAGAUUUCUUAUUACACACAAUCUAACCAAUGAAACCUUAAGCAAAUUUAUAGAGGACUGGCCUUUUGAUGAUGGUGCACCACCACCCAACCAGAUUGUUGAUGACUGGUUAAGUCUUGUAAAGAUUAAGUUUCCUGAAGAACCUGGUUGCUGUAUUGCUGUCCAUUGUGUCAUGGGCCUUGGCAGAGCUCUGGUGCUUGUUGCCCUACCAUUAAUUGAAGGUGGAAUGAAAUAUGAAGAUGCAGUUCAAUUCAUAAGACAAAAGCGUGCAUCACCACUACCCAGCAGCAAGCAACUUUUGUAUCUGGAUAAGUACCGUCCGAAAAUGUGGCUCCACUUCAAGGAUUCCAAUGGUCAUAGAAACAACUGUUGUAUUCAAUAA